AACCGAGAAAACAAGAAGCUUUGAUGCCACUUUAAACGGAUAUUUGUUUAUAAUCUUACAUCUUAUUGCAGAGACAAGCAUGAGCGGCUUUAGAAGACCAGACAGACACAGGACACUACCGUUGACCAGGGCAACACACCUGGCAACAUCCAAGCCUGAGCUGGAGAGAGACUCUGGCUUCUCAGAUGCCAGCUCUGGGUACCUCAGUGCAGUCGAUCUGACCGACACCGAAGAUGCAGGGAGGAAUGGGUCUGUAGUCAGCCAGGACACAACUGCGCCGCAGGUGGCUGUGAUGGGAGGGUCGUAUGGUGGACUGUCUCCAAUGAUAAUUAUGAACAACUUUGUCCUAAAACAGCCAACCCAGAUGGCUCCAGCAGAGAAACAAUGGGGCUUUCCUUCACCCCUGGAAGUGAUGCCUCAGUCUCAAGUGGUUCUUCUUCAACCCAUGGUAUCAAACAGCAGCAGCAGUUCCCCAAAGACUGGCUCUGAAAAUAUCAGACAAUCAAAAAGCUACAUGCCCAUCCUCAAGUCAUAUCCUCGAAUUGCCCCACAUCCUGGGGAGGCGUCCUCUAAGAGGCAUGGAUCUUCCAGAAUGAGGGGAAGUUCGACCUCGGGAUAUGACCACCGACAGAGGAGACGCCACCACCACCACAGCCACAGACCCUACAGCUCCCCGAGCCCACAGCCAGCCCUGCAGACUCCAAUCAAACUCGUUAGCAACUUUGAUGUAGCAAACAACCAAGUGCAGGCAGCUGAAAGUCAGGAGCAACUCAGCGACAAGUCUCCCUCCCCGCUGACAGGGACAAGCUCUUUGCUCCACUACACGCAUGAAUGUACGAUAGAGGUUGACAGCGACAGUAUCCACGAAGACAAAGACAAUCUGUCAGUGAACAGUGAAAAACUCAAACGUUUCAGCAAUACCUACAACAUACUCAACAAAUGUGGCUUGCUCGGUAUCACCAUGCGCACAAAGCAGCUGAUCAAGGAGAAUAAGCGAACCCAAGGCCAGCUGCAGCAGCUUCAGGAGCAAACGGCUCUGCUGCUGGAAGCUCUGAGCAGCGGAGACCCGCAACUCUGGUCUAAACUCCAGCUCUCUCUGCAGGACACAGACAGGGAGCAGUUAGGAGUUAAAGCUCACAGAGUCCUUGCGUAAUAUACUGUAGUGGUGGUCAUGGCCAGCAGUUCUCAAUCAGGGGGUCACAAUAUUUAUUUAAUGUAAAAAAAAAUAUAUCUCAAAUCUUAUCAAUAAAAUCUUUUUUUUUUUUAAAUAGUCAGCACCAUUUCCAUCUAGCAUCAUAACUAAUCCAACUAUAACGUAUAACUAAAUUAUAUGCUUUUACACUACUGACGGGUAUAAAUCAUCUUAUAUUUGGGGGUCAUGGAGCCAAAAACAUAAAGAACUGCUGGUCUAAACUCCAAACAUGAAGCUGAAGCACAUCCACUACUACCAAGUGGAAGUUAAGAAGCAUGCGUACAUUUCAAACCCUCGCCUAUAAUGAAUUUUCUUGCCUCUGCUGUUUCAAAAUAGCAAGUAUUACUUACUAUAGGGCUAUGGCUUCUAUAUUUUGAACUUUUAAUUGCAUAAACGCAUGCCUUACUGCACAUGUGAGGACAGACAGGGUUAAUUUCAUAUUCAUGCCUUGGAUGUGAUUGCUUUAAGAAAAAGAAAAGAGAAAAAAAAGAUUAAGCAUUAUUUUAAGCCACGGCUUGAGGGAUGAUGAAGCCAAAUGGACCACUUUGGUCCAGACUGAAAUGUCACAACUGUUGAAUGGACUGCUAUGAAAUUUUGUACAGACACUCCUCAGAGGAUGAAUCCUACUGACUUUGGUUAUCACGUGACUUUUCCUCUGGCACCACCAUGAGGUUGAGAGUUUAGUUCUGUAUUGUAAUAUCUCGACAGCUAUUAGAUGGAUUGCUGUACAAUGUGGCACUCCCAUUCAUAAUCCGCAGAGGCUGAACUGUAAUAACUAAUCUCCUGACUUUUCAUCUAGCGCCAAUAUCUGCAAAACUCAUGACAUUACCCUCAGCCUUUGCGUUCAGUGUUUAUUUGCAAAUAUUAGCAUGCUAACAGGCCAAAACAACAAGAUGGUGAUGUUAAACAUACCUGUCAGACGUCAACUUGUUAGCAUUAUCAGUGUGUGCAUGUUAGCAUGCAGAUAUUAAUACUUAGCUCAUGUACAGCCCCACUGAGCAGCUAGCGUGGAUGUAGCUUGUUACUUUGUAGAUCAAAUAGAAAACUUGGUGUCGAUAUAUGUGGGCUGUGUUUCAGUUUCCUCUCUAAGGGGCAAUGACUUGUCAGUUUUGUUUAGUUACAUGGUCUUUAAAUGUAAUCGUAAUUGAAACCCUGAAUGAAGCAGAUGUUUACUUUGUCAAAAGGUGUCUCCACUGACUGCUUGUGUUCUCAAACAACAGCUGGAUAGCUCACAGUGAGGCUACAGAGGGCUGGCUAAAUGAUAACGUUUUUUUAAUUUAUAAUUUUGUGUGUCUUUGUGUCAUUACUAUUUAUGUAUAAUAUUUUUGAACAAGAGCUCAAGCUAUGUUAAUAAUAUAAACAAACCAAGCACAUUAUAAUGUGUCUACCAGUUCUUCUGUCUAACAGAAGAUCCUUUUACUACGUAGGAAUUUUCAAAAGCUUAAAUUGUAGCAAGUGAAGUGUUGUAGCCAUAUAAGUGUCUUGAUCUUUGAUCUAUCUGUUGCUGCCGUAUUCCUUCCUGCUGCAGUUUGAAGCUUAACAAGAAGUUAUAUUAAUUUAAACUUCAAGGCAGAGAAAUGACAGCUGAAUAUUUUAAUUUAGUUUCAUAUCACAGACUCUUGCACUUUAGUUACAAGAUUACUGACAUUUUUAGAUUCUUCUUUCACGAUGAAACAGUGUGAAUAUGAAUGUUUAUCUGGUUGCCUGUGCCUUUUGACGUCUGUGCUUGUAAUGUAUAUCAGUGCUUGAGCUGCUUAGAUUUCUGUAUCAUUCUGUGGACUACAUGUGGAAGAAAGAUGAAUGUACUUAAAGCCCUCCAAAGAGUGAAUAUUCCUCUGUGAAAUAUGUAAGAAAUUGAAGCACUGGUUACCACCAGAGUGUCUGUAGAAAGGACAGAAUGAAGACAUUAAAGAUGGUCAUAAGAGUUUUAAUGUUAAGUCAUAUUUAACUGUAGAAGUAUUUAUUUUAGCAACCAUAUGUUACUGUUGCAUUAUUUAACAGUCUGGAGUCGUUAAAACUAAGAACUUAUCAAAUCAGACUUGGUUUUAACAGCAAAAAGAGUUACAAAAGUUUUUUGUAUUUAUAAUCUAAGAUUAUAUUUUGCUUUUUUCCUGUUACUGUGAAAAGUGCUUUCUGUAUCUUUAGCAAAAGUCACUUUGACUAAUAAUUGUCAUAAA